CGAAUUUAGUGGUUUAACUAUGGUGAUUGAGGAUUCAUAUCAAACACUCACGACUCCCCAUAGCUGUGGGGGGAUAUCUAAGCAGGAUCUGAAAGUUCAGGACGAUUAGAAUUAGGAAACUGCCCAUCCUAACGAAGAUCCUGUCAAAAAUGGACCACCAUACGAUGUUUAUCAUCAAAAAGCGACCGUCAGCCACGGAGGAAUGAUAGUCUUUGCAAGCAAAACAUCCACUGUGCCGUACCUGGAGGACCCCGAAUUGGAAGUAGUGUGUUUAGUUUGGACAUGCCGACAACACCGGGUACAACUACAAUCCUGCGAGAAAGCGAUCGUGGUGUUGACAGACCACGGGGCCACCAGAGGAAUUGUCAAACAAAUGCUGGUGGGGCUGCGAUGGUGUCGUCAGAGCAAGACUUCAUACCGAACGACUCGAUUGACCUACAAUCCUCAAUUGGAAAUCAUGGGGCUGUCCGCUCAGAUGUACAGCAAAUCGUGAGCGGAUUCGAUGCCGACUCGGUACAUCUAGACAGCGCGAUGCUCCAAGCCCCGGGACAAACAUACCACCCAGGUAACGAUAUGGCCAGCAAAUCCCACGACCCGAAGCCUUUGAACGGGCUCAACGAGAAGUGGCAUCUCAAAGGUCACAAUAGUCCUUACGCGCCGCAGGUGCCCAAAGUCGAGGCACGGGCGCGAUCAGCACGUCGACACCUACUAACGCUAGCGAGAGAGGCUAUCGAGGCUGGGAAAGACGAUGCGUAUAUCGUCGUUAUAACACACGGCGAGUUCGCGCAUUGGCUCACAGACGAUUUCUAA